AUGCAAACCAGAUCCAAGUCUGGUAUACACAAGCCCAAACUCCUAGCUGCUACAAUAACUAGAUUCAAUAAUAAUUUUCUUGAGCCAAGAUCUGUCAAGAAAGCUCUAGCUGACCCUAAAUGGAACUCAACUAUGACAACUGAAUAUUAUGCUCUUAUUAGAAACAAGACAUGGAUUCUUGUUCCCUAUAUUGAUGGUAUGCAGGUAAUACAAAAUAAGUGGCUAUUUCGAACCAAACUCAACAGUGAUGGCUCGGUGGAAAGGCUAAAAGCCAGACUUGUGGCUAAAGGGUUUCAACAACAAGAGGGAAUAGACUACUUUGACACAUUUAGUCCGGUUGUGAAACCAUCUACCUUAAGACUUAUGUUCACUCUUGCUGUAACAAACAAUUGGGACAUACAACAACUGGAUGUAAACAAUGCUUUUCUAAAUGGGGAACUCAAAGAAACCAUUUACAUGUAA